AUCUAAUGCGAAAUUUUAUAAUUCGGCUGUACCAAAUGGAAAAUAAAUUCUCCUAUUGGAAAUGAAUGUCAUCGCAUAGGAUAUCGCACAUAAUCUGAACCUGCCUUGUCUCAUAGGCGGCGUACGUCGUGCUGCUUCGUGCAUUCAAGCAGAGCGAUCUUUACCGGCCUUUCGUUUCCUCUUCGCGUGACUGGAUACAAUGGCGUCCGGAACCCUCUACACGUACCCGGAAAACUUCAGAGCCUACAAGGCCCUGAUAGCGGCCCAGUUCUCUGGCGCCCGGAUCAAAGUCGCUGAAGAUUUCGUAUUCGGCGAGACUAACAAGAGCGAGGCAUUCUUGAAAAAGUUCCCGUUAGGCAAGGUACCAGCAUUCGAGACAUGCGAUGGUAACUGUAUUACAGAAAGCAAUGCAAUUGCUUACUAUGUGGCUAAUGAACAAUUAAAGGGAAAAACUGACAUCGAACGCGCAUUGGUUAUCCAAUGGCUUGAUUUUGCUGAUUCUGAAAUUCUUCCUGCCAGUUGUGCUUGGGUAUUUCCUUUGCUUGGAAUAAUGCCAUAUCAUAAGCAGACUGUUGAACAUGCUAAGGAGGACAUAAAUAAAGCGCUCACUGUUUUAAAUUCGCAUUUGCUUACACGAACUUACUUAGUGGGAGAGCGAUUGACUUUAGCAGAUAUUUGUGUAGCUAUGACAUUGUUACAUUUAUAUCAGUAUAUUCUUGAGCCGGAACUACGUAAACCUUAUCAGAAUGUAAAUCGAUGGUUCCAAACUGUCAUUUAUCAACCUGAAUCUAUUGCUGUUAUUGGUGCCUUUAAACUGGCAGAUAAAACUCUCGAAUAUGAUCCCAAAAAGUUUGCAGAAACUCAAGGAAAGGUUUCGAAGAAAGAAAAGAAAGAGUCCAAAAAGGAGGCUAAGGAACCGAAAGAGUCAAAAAAAGAGUCCAAGACUUCAGCGGAAAAGGCUCCAGCAGUAGAGGAAGAAACUGAUGCAACAGACGAGGCUUUAGCUGCCGAACCGAAAAGGAAGAAUCCCUUCGCUUCAAUGCCUGAAAGCUCCUUUGACCUCGAUGAUUUUAAACGUUUUUAUUCCAACGAAGACGAAUCUAAGUCUAUUCCAUACUUUUGGCAAAAGUUCGAUCCAGAAAAUUAUAGCAUUUGGCUUGGCGAAUACAAAUAUAACAAUGAAUUAACUAAAGUUUUUAUGUCAUGUAAUCUAAUUAGCGGUAUGUACCAACGGUUAGAUACUAUGAGAAAAGGUGCAUUCGCUAGUGCUUGUAUAUUCGGAGAUGACAAUGACAACACUAUCAGUGGUAUUUGGAUCUGGCGCGGACAGGAUCUUGUUUUUACACUAAGUCCAGAUUGGCAAGUGGAUUAUGAAUCGUAUAGUUGGACAAAGUUGGAUCCAUCUAAGGAAGAAACCAAGGAUUUGGUUAAGCAAUAUCUCAGUUGGACUGGCACGGAUAAAGAAGGACGCAAGUUUAACCAGGGAAAAGUCUUCAAGUAAAUCUUGACACUUGCAUCAAAUAAACAAAAAUCUAUUCGCAUUAAAUAAAUCUAAAAAAAAAAGUAACAAAUAUACCGCAAGAAAGUUUGUACACGUCCUUUAAAAAUCCUGUAUUUGAUAGGAUAAAGCAGCAUAUCCGGGA